CCGGCGCAAAACAUGGAGUGGACGCCCGAUCCAGAAGCUUUAGGACAAAUUUUAAAUCUAUUGAGAGAGUCUCAAUCUGCAAAUACCGGCGUUCAACAAUCUGUGCAACAGAAAUUAGAAGAACUUAAUAAAUUUACUGACUUCAAUAAAUAUCUGAUAUUCGUCCUAACCAAAUUGCUAUCAGAAGAUGAGCCUACAAGAUCUUUGAGUGGUUUGAUCCUGAAGAACAAUGUCAAGGCGCACUUCCACCAAUUCCCUCCCGAUGUUGCUCAAUUCAUCAAGAUGGAGUGCCUGUGUGCAGUGGGUGACCCCUCCCCCCUCAUACGGGCCACAGUGGGCAUCCUCAUCACCACCAUUGCCAGCAAAGGUGAAUUGUCAUCAUGGCCUGAGCUGCUACCCAAGCUCUGUGAAAUGCUGUCAGCAUCUGACUACAACGUGUGUGAGGGGGCGUUUGGAGCCCUGCAGAAGAUAUGCGAGGACAGUGCUGAGUAUCUCGAGAAGUCUCCCGAGCAGCCCCUGGACGCUCUCAUCCCUAAGUUUCUGCAGUUCUUCAAGCACUCUUCAUCCAAAAUUAGGUCGCAUGCCAUUGCGUGCGUUAAUCAGUUCAUCAUCAGCAAGACUCAGGCGCUGAUGUCCAACAUCGAUGCAUUUUUGGAAAAUUUGUUCCACUUGGCCAUGGACGAGGACCCUGAUGUGCGCAAGAAUGUGUGCAGGGCUCUGGUGAUGCUGCUUGAUGCCCACAUCAAUUCCCUAAUACCGCACAUGAAUAACAUCAUCGAGUACAUGAUGCUUAGGACACAGGAUAAUGAUGACAAUGUGGCACUGGAAGCCUGCGAGUUCUGGUUGUCUCUUGCUGAACAUCCUAUCUGCAAGGACGCCCUGCGCCCUCACCUACCCAAGCUCCUUCCUGUACUCGUCAGGGGCAUGAAAUACUCCGAAAUUGACAUCAUUUUGCUCAAGGGCGAUGUCGAGGAGAACGAGUCAGUGCCUGACAGGAACGAGGAUAUCAAGCCCCGCUUCCACAAGUCCCGCCACACCAUCCGCCAUGAGCCCAUGGAGAAUGGCAUUGGCAGCGGCGGGGCCAGUGGAGGUGGUGAUGACUUCCCUCCUGACGAUGACAACGACUCUGAUGAUGGUGUCGAGGAUGACACUAGUCUCUCAGACUGGAACCUCAGGAAGUGCUCAGCAGCGGCCCUGGAUGUACUAGCCAGCGUCUUCAGGGACGACAUGUUGCCCGUCAUUCUGCCUAUACUCAAAGAGACGCUCUUCCACAGCGAGUGGGAGAUCAGAGAGAGCGGUAUCCUGGCGCUGGGAGCUAUAGCCGAGGGUUGCAUGAGCGGCAUGACGCCUCACUUGCCUGAGCUCAUCCCGUACCUCAUCAAUUGUCUGAAGGACAAGAAAGCUCUCGUGAGGUCCAUCACUUGCUGGACGCUCUCGCGGUACUGCCACUGGGCCGUAGUUCUGCCUGACCACACUUACCUGAAACCUCUCAUGUAUGAGUUGCUUAAGUGCAUCCUCGACAGCAACAAAAGAGUACAGGAGGCUGCUUGUUCAGCAUUUGCUACUCUGGAAGAGGAAGCUUGUACUGAGCUUGUCCAAUAUUUAGGCGACGUUCUGCGUACUCUAGUCUUUGCAUUCAAGAAAUAUCAAGCAAAGAACCUCCUCAUACUUUAUGAUGCCAUUGGCACGCUUGCGGACAGCGUCGGUAAUUUCCUCAACAAGGAAGAAUACAUCCAACUCCUGAUGCCGCCGCUCAUCGAAAAGUGGAACAUCCUGAAAGAUGAAGAUAAGGACCUCUUCCCUCUGUUGGAAUGCCUCUCAAGUGUUGCCACUGCCCUGCAAACUGGCUUUCUUCCUUACUGCGGGCCCGUGUAUCAGCGAUGCGUGUCUCUUGUUGAACAAACUCUCAAUCAAACUCUAGCUCAUGCUCAGAAUCCUGAGCAGUUUGAAGCGGCCGACAAAGAUUUCAUGAUCGUGAGUUUGGACCUUCUCUCUGGUUUAGCUGAAGGUUUGAACGGCCACAUCGGUGACCUGGUGCAGAACAGCAACAUAAUGCGGCUUCUGUACCAGGCCAUGCAAGACGCUAUGGCCGAAGUGCGACAAAGCUCAUUUGCUUUGCUCGGAGACCUCACGAAAGCUUGCUUCCAGCACGUCGCUCCCUGCAUACCGGAGUUUAUGCCGAUCCUUGGGCAGAACCUCAACCCCGAGCUGAUAUCGGUGUGCAAUAAUGCCACCUGGGCGAUAGGGGAAAUUUCUGUCAAGUUGGGUACGGAAAUGAACGCGUAUGUCAGUAUUGUUUUGUCGGACCUGAUCUUCAUCCUCAACAAGCCCAACACGCCCAAGACACUUCUAGAGAACACAGCCAUAACGAUCGGACGGCUAGGCUAUGUUUGCCCGACUGACGUGGCCCCGCUCUUGCAGCAGUUUAUCAGGCAGUGGUGCAUCUCGCUGCGGAACAUUCGUGACAACGAAGAGAAGGACUCUGCAUUCCGUGGUGUGUGCAACAUGAUCAGCGUCAACCCGUCCGGAGUGGUUGAAGACUUUAUCUUCUUCUGUGACGCCAUCGCUUCAUGGGUCAAUCCUAAACCCGAUUUGAAGGAAAUGUUUCACAGGAUCCUGCAUUGCUUCAAGGAGCAGGUUGGCGAAGAGAACUGGAAGCGCUUCACUGAACAGUUCCCUCUGCCCCUCAAAGAACGGCUGUCCCAACAAUACGGAGUCUAGUGCGGAUUCCUAUCAGGCCAUCUUCUUGGAAGUUCUUGAUAAUGGACAACUCUGAAGCUCCAAACUUUCUGACAACUGCGGUGCGCAUUCUGGCCGCAUCGAAGUCGUAAUUUCGCUACCAUCUAUGCUCUGGAUUUAGUUCGAAAUCCAUCACUGCAUCAUGCAGGCUCUCUUUCUGACUACACCUUGGUUUUCAUGGAAUUAUAUGGGAUUUUUCUUAUGUGUUUGAUGUAGGUUGCUUCUAUCGUGUUUAACUCUUUUACUUACUAAAAUAUGAUAUGAAUUUUGUCAGUUUAAGCUGUUUGUUAUUUAUCAUAUUUCUGUAUCAUAUACCGUACUUAUCUUAUCUAGACAACAGCCAUUGAGGUUAAUAUUUAAAGACUUCUCUAAUAUUUAAAGGCAAUCUUCCCUCGAGUGUUGUGUGACAUCCGCUUCUUCAACGGAUGUCACUUCAUUGUUGACCAUAAUAGCAUUUCCUCCGUAACCUCUUUCCCUCAUUUGUUGUGCUCCUGAGUGCAAUUCAGCUUUGACCUAUCAGUCCGGAUAGUAAACACCCAUGUUUUUUGGUCUACAUCAAGACCAGUGCGUACUGCAGUGCAAUGUGGUUUGAUUUUUAGCGAUACUGUUGACUCGUCUGGAGAUGGUACUUGCCCACAUACUAUUGCAUAUGCUUCUGCUCUAUUGCAUGUCGCUUCAUUUUGGCUCGCGUUUAUGUGCGAGUUCUUUCUAAAUAAAGGAUAUUAGAUUUCCUGGCUAAUAUUAAGUUCAGUUUAAGCUGAUUCAUUUUUAUUUUUGAUGCAUCAAUUUAGCGUGUGCCUCAAUCGUAGGAACUUCUAAUUCUUCAAUAGCUCAUAAUGAGUUCAAUUUUUUUUUGUCCUUUAGAGCUGCUGUAGCUCUGUCAGAUAUCCCCUGAAAUGGUUUUAAUUGGGUUUUGUUAGGAAUAAAUAACUCGAAUGUUCGUAGUUAACUCGGUGGGGUAACUUGAACGGCUUAUUAAGCUCUGUGGAGAUGAGAGGGUUGCAGACAUCAUGUACUAAGUAAACCAGUCUGACUUUCGUAAAUUCGAUAUUAGGCAGCUAGUAAUGUGCAAUCAGGUACUUCCCAUUACUUAUUGAAAUGAACACUUAAAUGAAGGCCUACAGAUGGUGAUCGAAUUUAGAAAGCCUGAAAUCGAAGCGAGAAUUCCUUGUCCACGAUGUUUCUGCCGUGGUUUCUAUGUCGUAGAUAUGUCAGCAGUGACUUUCACAGAGAUCAAUGUUAAUAUUACCGCUGUCACAUCUCAUGUUCAUGGUUAUAUAUCAAGAUGCGUGCGAAGAAUAUUCAAGUAGUCCAAAAUGAACUGCGAUAGAACUCUUUUGUUGAAAAAUACUUACUUCGUUAAAGCGCAAUAUAAUCGCUCGACUUGCACGUAGCUUCCCAAAAUGUAAUGCAAUCGUUUCAGGUUAACGAACAUAUCGUCUAGAUGGUGUAUUUUGGCGUACAGAAUGUCUAUUUUGAUGACUAGCUUGUCACUUUGAUGAUAUCGAACUUGUAAUUCCUCGCGAAAAUUUUUGUAACUUUUCUGUGUUAGGUUUAAGGACAGCAUAACAGCACUCGGUUACGUGCCUACCGUCGACGGUCUCCUUCUCAUUCUGUAACUAUCAAGUGUCGCACAUGUUAGCUAUUUAGGAAUAAUCCUUCGGUUAGGGUCUUGAAGUAAACGACUGUGAUCUCUGUGAUUCGUCUCUUGGCGCGAGCUCUCUCUCUCUCUGUCUCCCCUGUAAACUGCGAUGAGGGAAGCAACCGUUAGGUGGGACAGCUGUGAUCCGUGUAGUGGGCAACCGUGUAUCAGGGUCGUUCUGGUGGUGAUCAAUGUAGCAGGCAGGGUGUGCAUUCUCUUAGCUCUCGAGUGCAAGUAGUCGCGGUCUUUUUUAUACGAUGAUCAAUGUUAGGGUAAUAUUGUUGACCGGUCGUCGCGUGUUAUCGUGCUUAGGUUAACUUAAUGGAAGCGUCGCGCGAUUAAGGGACUCUUAGGAAUCGCAAUAAACAAAAGCUAUAAUCGUUUAGCCUCGCUCUGUGCGGUAAUUAACUUAAUACGUUAGUCUAUGCGGUUCUUUACUGUUAGGAGGUUGGUCUCAACAACAACAGCUGCCAAAUACUAGGGUUAGUAAUUAAUAUUGCGUGUGUGUUAGGCUUUAUUCCAGAGUGAGGUUCCGUCAUUUUAGGCAGGUAGCCGCUCGUGGGAGGGUCAUGCUCAAAGUACAACUCUUAUAUAUUUAGGUAAGUUAGGCUUAGUGGGAACUUUUGCGCGUGCCGGCGUCGUCGUCGUGGGCUGUUGGAAUGAAAUGAUACUUUAGGUUUAGGGACGAAACAUUGUGCCUCGUGCAUCACUUUCUGAAACUGAUAUGUUGGCUCGUUUCUCGCGGCCUCUUGUACGAAUGUCAGGCCUCGUGGUCGCGACUGUGCGACCGACCGUCGUUUUCUCUCUUCCCUCCUGCAUUUGCUUACGAUUUAAAAGCGGUAGUUAGGUAAGUAGUGUCGUCUUUUCGGCCAUAACAAGUCGAUAUACAUGUGUAGUUGCCGGUAGUCUUGAAAGUAAACGUGGCUAGAGUGACAGAAAUAGAGCAUUGGAAUUUACUUCCGUACGUGUCUGGUUUCAAUGAUUAUUAUUGUCCGCUUACUGUUGAUCAUUCUACUGUGCAUAAUCUUGUAUACUAUCUUUCAGCUAAAAGGAUCGUAAACGUUUUGUAAUCUCGUCCGGGCGACUUAUUGUUUUAAUGCACGUGUCCUUAAGGUGGCGAGACUUAAGUUUUCCCUCCCUUCGAUUGAUGCACAAUUUAUCUUCCCGUGCCAGUUGGUCGAUCUGGUGCGCCUGUAUAAGGAUCGGCCUAUAAAGCUUUGCUGUGUAGUGUAACUUGAUGAAUAUGAUGCAUGCAAGUUAGUCUGACGUGUGGUGUGUUAUUCUUAGUAUCCUGCGUGUUGUUUAGCACUUAAGCAUUCCUUUCCCAAGUUUAUUCACUUAUUCCUUCGUUAUUAUAGUUUCUUCCACUCGUAGUAUUCAUACACUGUUUCGAGUGAAGAAAAUCAGCUGAGGUGCAUUGGCUAAUAAUUUGUUUUAAUUGUUUCUGAUUACUAUUUUUUGAUCAUAAUAGACGUUACUCUUAGUCUUUUAAGCGGUGCAGGCGAUAUGUGAAGCGAUGUCCCCUUCAAGCAGUUGUUUAGGAUCUCAUUGUUUUAGUAGCAACUUAUUAAUUAAUUCACCUUAGCGAUAGGGAUAAUUAUUUGUUUCCUUUAGUCUGUUAAUCUUGCUCUUUGAGAUGUUCUAUAUGAAAAUAGGAGUAUACGGAUAUUCAAUUCUUUUAGAAAUGAUUAUUAAUGACCUAUGGUUGAUGUUUGAUAUUGAGGCAGUUAGUACUAAUGCAUUUUAGCAUUGAGUCUAAUCCUGUUCCAGUGAUAUAUUACGUAGGUAAUUUAUACUCUAGGGCAACGAUUUAUAUUGCCGACCUUUGCAUAUCUUUCAAGUGAGCUGUUUACGGACUAACGCGUUGAGCGUUAGUCGUUUGCUGCCACAGAAUAUAUUGUUUAGUAAGUGUAAUGGUUAAUAAUAGUGUUAGGUUGGAAAGCCGAUCUGUUAACUUGAUAGGAACAUCAGGUGACCAUAUUUUAGAUACGGUGCUGCUUUUAUACGAUACGUUGGUGCUUAAUAUGUUGGAACCAGGACUAGGAAGGCGAGUGUUGGUAGGGAGGUUGUAGGUAUCUGUAAUGUGUGCCAGUUAUGUGACGACGAUGGUAGCUAGCCAAUUAUAGUAGUGACAGUGCUUUUAUAUCUUACUAUGUGCUGAAUGAAGUCCUAGAAACACUAAUUUAGCCCGCCAAACCUCUUCACUAGUCACUAGGAGGUAGGUCAUCUAGGUUUUAGGUGAACUUUUCGGCGUAUGUAAACUUUAUUUGGUAAGGAAAAGCUAUAAAUUAUUUGUUGAUUUUUAUUCCACGUUUUGUGUGCACUGCUCAUUCGAGAGUUGAAGUACAAACCGACUCCCUCUAAUGAGACAUUAUUCUUGUUUGUUUAGGUGUAGCGUAGGUAAUAAUUUUCGUAGCGUAUUGAGGAGGCUGGAAGGGGAUUCGCUACACACAUCGCUUUCACCGCCAGUGUCAUUUACCGCGUGUUUUUUGGGACCCUGGGCGCCGCUGCUGAUUAUUUUGCGCUGUGAUAUUCUAGUUGACUUCUAGUUCGUUGUGAGCACAAAGGCUCGUGCGUCGUCGAGUUGCGCCGAUUUUCGUCGCGUGUAUCGGGCCAUUCGUUUUAGUUUAGGCUUAGUUUAUUGAACUUUUGCGCUUCUAAUUCAUUUAAUGAUACCAAGCAAACUUUGGUUGCGAUCAAUUAUAGCUUUGUAAAUCUAACUCUGUUGCCAUAUUUUAAAGUGUGAAGUAAUCUAGCGGCGUACGUUUUCAAGUUAGCCCUUGUUAAAUAGAGUGUAAAUAGGUAAAAGCUUUUAUGUCUUGUAAGUAGGUUCAUUUAGGUUUAGGUGCGGUAGCUCACAUUGUGCUCUAUGCUGUCGUUUGUUUUGUUCAGUAUUGAUCCCGCGUUUUUUAGACUGAUGUGCUAGUGCGUAUUUUGUAUUAAUAUAUAAUGUGACUAGCGUUGUCACAAUCUUUCAACAUUCGGGUAUUUCGUGACAUUGCUCAUGUUCGUUCAUUAACUCGACUUAUCGCUGCUCUAGUUAAAUAGGUAACUAGCGGUGCCUUGGGGUCCCAAUCCGCGUUUGUGAUGCAAUUUAAUUAAUUUAUUUGUAUCAAAUUUUGCUGUGCGUUCUGCAAAGGACGAAACCUUUCUUUACCUCUUUAUUUUAAUCUUAUUAUGACGUAGUAUAAUAAUACCCUACGAGUAGAAAGUUUGUAUAUUAUUUUCUACUAGAUGUUCUCGAUUCAUCUUUUCUAACCGGCAACGCUCCGGACGAAUGCGUCACGAAGUGUUGAAAAGUUUAGUGGAGGAGGUAUUUAUAUUUUUUAAAGCUAUAUUAUUAUCUCUGAUUUUUUGAAGACAAAUUUUCGUCUCACGUAUUAAAAUUCUUCGCGUAAGGUGUUGGAUUAUGAAUCAAUUCUGUUGUGCCAUCAGGCCUCUGUGUUUAGGUUGUGUUAAUGUGAGUUACAUGAACCCUUUCGCUUGCUACUUAUUAUAUGAGGUUUCUUGAAUUGUGUUGAAUAUAACGUUAACUUGUUCUGAAAAUUUGAUGCGAGACUGGAUAUGACAUUGUUCAACAAUUGAAAUUAAGCAUUCAUUUUGUCUAUUUUUUUUAUUGCGUAUGAAGCCCCUGGUCCCGCUCGCUUGAAUACUUUACGUAUAGUUAGAUAGGAUAUCACUGAUAAAUCCAUGUUCCUCUACAUGUAAGCGUCGUCAAUUGAUUUUGUCACACCAUGUUUCAGAAAGUCAUUGAUAGCGAUCUGCGGGCAAGUAACGAAAAUUUUAGAAAUUCAUGAGCAAUUGAAAUUUUAGUUACGUUUAUGCAGUCCCCGCCGGCGAAAGGGUUAAUUAAUAUUGGUGAUUCGUCUCGCCUCGCUCGUCACGAGUAACUGUAAUGUGAAAGUUACGGCCGUUCUUGUAGUUGUUUGUUGUGAUGCAUUAAACAGUGAAUUUGA